GCGAUCGUUAGGUAUCUAAAGAAAAGUCUCAUCAGAGUUUAGAUCUAAAAAGUAAAAACACACAGGAAACGGAGAAGCUUACUAGGAACGAUGGCUACCAGAUUAUCACCGGUCUUUAUUUGCGUGUCGUUGGUUGUCAUUUCUGGACUCGGCCAGCUUGUGAUCUGUAGUCAAGAAAAAGGAAGGUACAACGACGUCAUAAGGAUGAAGCUCGGUGCCUUUAGCGAUUCUUCCAAUAAUCAGAACGGUGGAGGAGAUCAGAUCGAGGAUAUAGCACUCUUUGCUGUUCAAGAACACAAUAAGCGAGAGAAUGGUGUACUUGAGCUUGGUAGAGUAUUGAAAGCAACAGAGCAGGUGGUUGCUGGGAAACUCUACAGUCUAACUCUUGAAGUGUUAGAAGCUGGUGAGAAGAAGAUUUAUGAAGCUAAAGUUUGGGUGAAGCCGUGGAUGAAGAACUUCAAGCAGCUUCAGGAGUUCAAGAGUGUUGUCCCUUCCUUCACUGUUUCCGACCUUGGCUUGAAAUCAGAUGGGAAUGGAUUUGAGUGGAGAUCGGUAUCAACAAAUGACCCUGAGGUCCAAGAGGCAGCAAAACACGCCGUUAAGUCGAUUCAACAGAGAUCAAACUCGCUGUUUCCAUAUAAACUCAUAGACAUAAUCCUAGCUAGAGCAAAGGUGGUUGAAGACCGUGUGAAAUUCGAAAUGCUUUUGAGGCUAGAGAAGGGAAACAAAGCAGAGAAGCUCAUGGUUGAAGUUAUGAAGUACCAAAACGGCAAGUUUCACUAGAGUUGUUGUUUGGACAGGUUGUGUCUCAGUCUGACUGAAUAAAAAGACUGAAUGUUGUGAUAAAAAAAAAACUAUUUUGCCCUGUAAAAAAUGGUUUGCUUGUAAGUAAAUAAAAAAAAACACUAAACAUUGGAAAGAAAAAAGAUGUUAAUGUCCAAA